UUUACACCCCGGGAAGCUUGCUGGGCUGAGUAAAGUAAGGAACCCUCGGGGAGGGAGAGUUUUUAGUCUGGCUGCUUAGCCCCGCAACCUCGAAGCUGCGUUUCCGAAGCGGGUUGAGCCUGCCAUUAGCGGCGAGCGAAAGGCACUCUGCGUAUGCUCAGCGGCGCUGUCUCCUCCGAUCUCCGCAUGCCCCGAGCUGAGUCUCGGCCGCGGCCCCCGAGGGACCCCGGCUCCGUAUAGACGUUCAGUAUUUAAUUCUGUAGAAGAAGGCGACGAAGGGGCAGGAGAGACCUGCCAAGCGGGCGGGCCGGAGAGGAGAGCUGCGCCGACUGACGUCACCAAAGGAUUUUCGUUCACUUUCCGUCCAAUUGAUCGGCUUGGAGUCGACAGUGUCCCCUUUAAUGAGCCCCGAGAGCGGCGCCGGCCAAUGCGGAGAGGAGCUUGGCCGGGAUCAUCAGGCGGCGAGCAGAGACUCAAUCAAUGCUGGAGCGAAGGCGCCCAAAGUAGUUUAGUUUGUGCGGGGAAAGAGAGAGAGCGAGAGAGACGGAGGGAGAGAGGCAGGCGCGCACCGAGAAGCUGCGCCUCGGUCCCCGCUCCCAUCUGCUGGAGAUCCGCCUCGGCCAGGGGACCUUCCCGCUUCCCCUCCCGCUCCAGCCCGGAUCUUUCCCCCGCUCGCGCGCCUUUUCUCCCGAGGGACACUUUGGCAGGUCUCAUGAGGGAGCCGCGUCGCCGGCCAUUUCGAGCGGCAACUUUCCAACCUCACGAACCGCUUCGCUGAUCUCUGGGAGGAAAUCUUCCUUCCCCACCCCACACACACUUAGCACCCCCGACGGCUGUUGGAUGCAGAGGGGCAGCGUGAUGGACUAAAAGGGGGAGAACGUGGGGGGUGGGAGACGACGGGAGGGAUCGUAGUAGAUCCCCUCAAGCAGCAAGAUCGGCAGAUUUUCAUGGUGUAAAUAUAACCCCCCCCACACACACGCCGCGAUCCGACCCCCUGCACCCCGCAAGCAUCCACCACGCCGCUCCUUACCAGGAUGAAACAAAACCCCGAGCAAGAAUGAGGGAUCGCGCUCCUGCCCGAGUGGGAGCAGCAGCUUCUGCAUGAGGGGCGAGCAGAAGCGGGGCCGAGAGGCUGAAGCAUGAAUCCCGGCGAGGAGUGAAGAAGAUGGAGAGACCCCUUUGCUGCGAGCCGAGGCACUCCGCGAUGGAGGCCGGCGCAGGACUCUUCUUCCUCCUGCUCUACCUUUGCCUAGGCGUCCCCCAGACUUCCCAGCAAGUGCUCCGGAUCGGCGGGAUAUUUGAAACUGUGGAAAAUGAACCUGUCAACGUGGAAGAGUUAGCUUUCAAAUUUGCAGUCACCAACAUUAACAGAAACAGAACACUGAUGCCUAAUACCACAUUAACCUAUGACAUCCAGAGAAUUAACCUUUUUGAUAGUUUUGAAGCUUCAAGACGAGCAUGUGAUCAGCUUGCUCUUGGGGUAGCUGCCAUCUUUGGACCAUCUCACAGCUCAUCAGUCAGUGCGGUACAAUCUAUCUGCAAUGCACUUGAAGUUCCACAUAUACAGACCCGAUGGAAACAUCCUACGGUGGAUAACAAAGAUUCCUUUUACAUCAACCUCUACCCAGACUAUGCAGCCAUCAGCAGAGCAGUAUUGGAUUUGGUGCUAUAUUACAACUGGAAGAUAAUAACUGUAGUAUACGAAGACAGUACAGGUCUAAUUCGCCUGCAAGAACUCAUCAAAGCCCCUUCUAGAUACAACAUUAAAAUCAAAAUCCGGCAGUUGCCCUCUGGGAAUAAAGAUGCCCGGCCUUUACUCAAGGAGAUGAAGAAGGGCAAAGAGUUCUAUGUGAUAUUUGAUUGCUCACAUGAAACAGCAGCAGAAAUCCUUAAACAGAUCCUCUCCAUGGGAAUGAUGACUGAAUACUAUCACUACUUUUUUACAACCCUGGAUUUGUUUGCACUAGACCUGGAACCCUACAGAUACAGUGGAGUCAAUAUGACUGGAUUUCGCUUACUCAACAUUGACAAUCCACAAGUGUCAUCAGUUAUUGAGAAGUGGUCAAUGGAACGGCUACAGGCACCACCCAAGCCAGAGACGGGUCUCCUAGAUGGCAUGAUGACUACAGAAGCAGCUCUGGUGUAUGAUGCUGUUUACAUGGUUGCAGUGGCUUCCCAGCGUGCCUCCCAAAUGACUGUCAGCUCCCUGCAGUGUCACAGGCAUAAGCCGUGGCGUUUUGGACCCAGAUUUAUGAACCUGAUAAAAGAGGCUCGUUGGGAUGGUUUGACAGGGCGAAUUACUUUCAACAAAACAGAUGGCUUAAGAAAGGAUUUCGAUUUGGAUAUUAUUAGCCUCAAGGAGGAAGGAACAGAAAAGCCUGCUGGUGAAGCUACUAAUAAUUUAUAUAAAGUAUGGAAGAAGAUUGGGCUUUGGAACUCAAACAGUGGCCUUAAUAUGACUGACAGCAAUAAAGACAGAUCUACCAAUAUCACUGAUUCGCUGGCGAACCGAACGCUCAUAGUCACCACUAUUUUGGAAGAUCCGUAUGUCAUGUACAAGAAAUCUGACAAACCCCUUUAUGGCAACGACAGAUUUGAAGGGUACUGCUUGGAUUUGUUGAAGGAGUUAUCAAAUAUUUUAGGCUUCAUCUAUGAAGUGAAACUAGUGUCUGAUGGGAAAUAUGGAGCCCAGAAUGACAAAGGAGAAUGGAAUGGGAUGGUAAAAGAACUCAUCGAUCACAAAGCUGACCUGGCAGUUGCUCCUCUCACCAUUACCUACGUAAGAGAGAAAGUCAUUGACUUUUCCAAGCCCUUCAUGACGCUGGGAAUCAGUAUUUUGUACCGGAAGCCCAAUGGCACAAACCCUGGUGUUUUCUCCUUUCUAAACCCUCUUUCUCCUGAUAUUUGGAUGUAUGUCCUCCUAGCUUGCCUUGGAGUCAGUUGUGUGCUCUUUGUCAUUGCAAGGUUUACACCGUAUGAGUGGUAUAACCCCCACCCGUGCAACCCUGACUCAGAUGUGGUGGAAAACAAUUUUACUUUACUUAAUAGUUUCUGGUUUGGAGUUGGAGCUCUCAUGCAGCAAGGAUCUGAGCUCAUGCCAAAAGCUCUUUCCACCAGAAUAGUUGGAGGAAUAUGGUGGUUUUUCACCUUGAUCAUAAUCUCAUCCUACACUGCUAAUUUGGCCGCCUUCUUGACUGUUGAGAGAAUGGAAUCCCCCAUUGAUUCUGCAGAUGAUCUGGCAAAGCAAACUAAGAUAGAAUACGGAGCUGUUAGAGAUGGCUCAACUAUGACCUUCUUUAAGAAAUCCAAAAUAUCAACUUAUGAGAAAAUGUGGGCAUUCAUGAGCAGCAGGCAGCAGACAGCGCUGGUAAAGAACAAUGACGAGGGAAUCCAGCGUGUGCUCACCACCGACUACGCUCUGCUGAUGGAAUCAACCAGCAUAGAAUACGUCACUCAGAGGAACUGUAAUCUCACCCAGAUUGGAGGGCUCAUUGAUUCCAAAGGUUAUGGUGUAGGAACUCCCAUUGGCUCUCCUUACAGAGACAAAAUCACUAUUGCCAUUCUCCAGCUACAAGAGGAAGGAAAGCUGCACAUGAUGAAGGAGAAGUGGUGGCGAGGCAAUGGUUGCCCUGAGGAGGACAGCAAAGAAGCCAGUGCCCUUGGUGUGGAGAACAUUGGGGGCAUCUUCAUAGUGCUUGCAGCAGGACUUGUUCUUUCUGUGUUUGUAGCUAUUGGAGAAUUUAUUUACAAAUCGAGGAAAAACAGUGACAUCGAACAGUGUCUUUCUUUCAAUGCCAUAAUGGAGGAACUUGGAAUUUCACUCAAACACCAGAAGAAAUUAAAGAAAAGGACAAGAACUAAAGGGCGGUCGUCAUUCACAAGUAUCCUUACUUGUCAUCAGAGGCGGACACUGAGAAAAGAAACCAUGGCUUGAAUGAGUUCAACUUUCCCCAUGGAAGAGAUCUUGAGUAAAAGGCAAAACAAAAAACUUUUUAUGCCUACCAGACAAUUGUAUGGAGGGAUUUUUAAAAAGAGACAGCUUACAUCUCAGAAAUUCAGUGUGAUUUCCCCUUUUUUAAUCUCGAGGCGGUACAGCAGAUUCAGAACUCACAUAAGACUGAUGUCAAAAUCACCCAGGAAACGUCUCGCUUUUACUUUUGAAAUGAUUUGUACGAUCACCUAUUUUGCAUCUCUCUCUACUACUUCCCCAUUCAUUGCUGUAUGUGCUUUCUAAAUGAAUAAAAACAGGGAUUUUUCAGUA